CUACAAAAAUAGUAAUAGAAAAAUUGAGCCAGAACUUAUGAAUAUCAUCCAAAAAAAUAGACAAAUUGAUAGAUUAAUUAGUGAUUGUAAUGAUACUAAUUUAUCUAAAGCUUUGUCUAUUCUGGCUCUAAGACAAUCUUCCAGAAAUUUGGGUAAUUACGAAAUAUCUAAUGAAGAUACAAUAAAUUUUAUUUUUAUGUCAAGUUCAGUAGAAGAGGAGAUGAAUAUAUUUAUUCUACCUGAAGAUUUGGAAUUAGAUGGGUCGAUAGGUAUAUCGCCUAUAAUAAAUCAAUAUGGAAGAGUAAGAAUAAGUAAUAAAGUUUUCAGGUCUACCUUUUCUAAACGGCAUGAAAAUUCUUCAAGAAUUCUUGCAAAGUUUGCUGAAAAUAGAGAUGUAAUCACAUAUUCAGAUCAGUACAAAAAAAUAGAUGAAAAAUUAAGAUAUCAACUUAGUAUCAGCAAAAAUAAUGAUAAACUUUGUAAUGUGGAAUUAUGGAAUAAUGAUUUUUAUAAUUUAGAUCAUGAUUGUAUAAUUCCUGUACAUAACAUACUGGGAAGAUUUGUUGCUGGUACUUUUAUGGUUGGAUCGAAAAAACCUUAG